GUUUCAUGACUGGAGAGGUCUAGAGCUGGGCUCCUGCCUGGGAGAGGAGGGGCUGCGAGCCGGGAGCCCCGGGGCCCGGUGGAAGGGACCGACAGGCAGUGACAGAAUCCCAGAAUCAAGGAGCAAGGCAGGGCCAGCCUUGCCCAGGUCUCCUCCCCCAGGCCUCGUCUCCUCACAGGACGCCCCCUCCCCGCUCUUCCUGCCGGGUUUCCUCUGGCCUUUUCCUGUCCCCCACCCAGUGCAGGGAGCUGGGGCAGAGGCAAAGGCUACAAGAGCGGAGGGAGCGGGGACUAACUCGGGCCGACGGAGCCAGGGCCUCCGGGUGCUGCUGGACCCGAAGCAGGGGCCAUGCUAUCUGGUGAACGGAAGGAGGGCGGAAGCCCCCGCUUCGGGAAGCUGCAUCUCCCGGUGGGCCUGUGGAUCAAUUCCCCCAGGAAGCAGCUCGCCAAGCUGGGGCGGCGCUGGCCCAGCGCUGCCUCUGUCAAAUCCUCAUCCUCCGACACGGGGAGUCGCAGCAGCGAGCCGAUGGCCCCGCCGCCACCACACGUGGAGCUGCGGCGCGUGGGCGCCGUGAAGGCGGCGGGGGGCGCCUCGGGCAGCCGCGCCAAGCGCAUCUCCCAGCUUUUCCGGGGCUCGGGCACCGGGGCCUCGGGGGCCGGCGGCGCGGGGGUCCCGGGGACUCCGGGAGCGGCGCAGCGCUGGGCCAGCGAGAAGAAGCUGCCCGAGCUGGCGGCGGGCGUCGCCCCCGAGCCCCCGCUGGCCACCCGCCCCACGGCGCCCCCGGGGGUCCUCAAGAUCUUCGGCGCGGGGCUGGCGUCGGGGACCAACUACAAGAGCGUGCUGGCCACCGCGCGCUCCACGGCACGCGAGCUCGUGGCCGAGGCUCUGGAGCGCUACGGGCUGGCCGGCAGCGCCGGCGGCGGCCCGGGCGAGAGCAGCUGCGUGGACGCCUUCGCGCUGUGCGGGCGCUUCGAGCUGCGCGGCCGCGAGGAGGCGCUGCGCCUGGAACAGGAGGCCUUCGGGGCGGCGGACGGCAAAGGCACGGGCGCCCCCUCCUGGCGGCCUCAGAAAAGCCGCUCCCGGGCCGCAUCUGGAGGGGCGGCGCUGGCCAGUCCUGGUCCAGGGUCGGGAUCAGGAGCACCGGCUGGGUCCGGGGGCAAGGAGCGCUCGGAAAACUUGUCCCUGCGGCGCAGCGUAUCGGAGCUUAACCUGCAGGGUCGGCGUCGGCGGCAGCAGGAACGCAGGCAGCAGGCGCUUAGCAUGGCCCCUGGGGCAGCUGAUGCCCAAAUGGGACCUGGAGACCCCGGAGAUCUCGAUCAGCUAUCUCAGUGCCUCAUCCAGGCCCCUAGCAACCAUCCCUACUUCCUGCUGCUCCAGGGCUACCAGGACGCUCAGGACUUCGUGGUGUACGUGAUGACGCGGGAGCAGCACGUGUUCGGCCGGGGCAGGACCCCGUCGUCCUGCAGCGGGUCCCCUGCCCCAUACGUGGACACCUUCCUCAACGCCCCUGACAUCCUGCCGUGUCACUGCACAGUGCGCGCGGGCCCUGAGCCCCCAGCCGUGGUGCGCCCAUCCAGGGGCGCCCCAGUUACGCACAACGGGUGCCUCUUGCUGCGGGAGGCCGAGCUGCACCCCGGCGACCUGCUGGGGCUGGGCGAGCACUUCCUGUUCAUGUACAAGGACCCGCGCGCCGGGGGCUCCGGGCCGGUUCGGCCCCCGUGGCUGCCCGCGCGGCCCGGGGCCACGCCUCCCCCGGGGCCCUGCCACCGCUCGGGCCCGCCACGCUGCUCGCGCUGUGCGUGCAGCAUUCCGCCCGCGAGCUGGAGCUGGGCCACCUGCCGCGAAUGCUGGGCCGCCUGGCCCGGCUCAUCAAGGAGGUCGUCUGGGAAAAGAUUAAGGAAAUUGGAGACCGUCAGCCAGAGAACCACACGGAAGGAGUCCCUGAGGUGCCCCUGACUCCUGAGGCUGUGUCUGUGGAGCUGCGGCCACUCAUGCUGUGGAUGGCCAACACCACAGAGCUGUUGAGCUUUGUGCAGGAGAAGGUGCUGGAAAUGGAGAAGGAAGCUGACCAGGAUGGCUUGUCAUCAGACCCACAGCUCUGCAAUGACCUGGAAUUAUGUGACGAGGCUAUGGCCCUCCUGGAUGAGGUCAUCAUGUGUACCUUCCAGCAGUCUGUUUACUACCUCACCAAGACUCUUUAUUCAACAUUGCCUGCUCUCCUGGACAGCAACCCCUUCACAGCUGGGGCGGAGCUCCCAGGCCCUGGCUCGGAGCUGGGGGCCAUGCCCCCAGGCUUGAAGCCCACCCUGGGCGUGUUCCAGGCAGCCCUGGAACUGACCAGUCAGUGUGAACUGCAUCCGGACCUCGUGUCUCAGACUUUCGGCUACUUGUUCUUCUUCUCCAAUGCAUCCCUUCUCAAUUCACUGAUGGAACGAGGUCAAAGCCGACCUUUCUACCAGUGGUCCCGAGCUGUCCAGAUCCGCACCAACCUGGACCUUGUCUUGGACUGGUUGCAGGGGGCUGGGCUGGCCGACAUUGCUACUGAGUUCUUCCGGAAACUCUCCAUUGCUGUGAACCUGCUCUGCGUACCCCGCACCUCUCUGCUCAAGGCCUCCUGGAGCAGCCUGCGAACUGACUACCCUACCCUGACCCCAGCUCAGCUCCACCAUCUGCUCAGCCACUACCAGCUGGGUCCUGGCCUCAGGCCACCACCUGCCUGGGACCCUCCCCCAGCAGAGCGAGAUGUGGUGGCCACAGGGGACAUCUUCGAAAGCUUCUCCUCGCACCCUCCCCUCAUCCUGCCCCUGGGCAGCCCGCGCCUGCGCCUCACAGGUCCGGUGACGGACGACGCGCUGCACUGUGAGCUGCGUAGGCUCCGUCACCUCCUCUGGGAUCUUGAGCAGCAGGAGCUUCCGGCCAAUCACCGCCACGGACCUCCCGUGUCCACGCCUCCCUAAAAACCAAUAGCAAGCGGGCGCGCGAACCUUGAAAAUUCCUCGGUUCCAAUUCACUGGAGAGUUGAGCUUUCUGGGAAUUGUAGUUCUUGCCCCGUGCGGGAACUAGGAGGCUGUUUUCGGGUAGUAAAGAAUGGGACUAUGGGAAAGAUGGGCUUGGGAUGUGAGUGCCAAGGGACAAUAAAAGUAUUUGUGGUAUUGUCAA